AUGUUUACCCUUACGCUCUCUGCACAAGUGUCCGGGGUCACCGAUAUCCACCCAAAAGAUACCCCCGAUGAUCCAUACUACUAUACCUUCAAGGUGCAGUGCACAUCUUGCCGUGAAGUACACCCAAACUGGGUGAACGUCAGCCGAUUCGAGCAAAACGAAGUUCCCGGGAGCCGGGGAGAGGCGAACUUCGUCUGGAAAUGCAGACUCUGCGGGCGGACCCAUUCUGCCAACAUAACCACUGGACCAAUGGCGUUUGAUGAGUCCAAGGAGUCAAAGGGCAAAGGCCAAAAGAUCAUCGAAUUUGACUGUCGUGGACUAGAGUUCACGGAAUUCAAAGCAGACGGAAAAUGGGAGGCAACAGGCAUAGAGUCUGGAACUAAAUUUGGCGAGAUCAACCUUGAGGAAGGUGAAUGGUACGAUUUCGACGAGAAGCAGGGCGAGGAGAAAUGUGUCGCUGCUUUAGAGGCUGAGUAG